AUGUAUCUAAUUAAAAAUCCUAUCAAAAGACGGUUCUUAUACAAACAUUUAUUCAAUUUUUCAUUAACCAAUAACGACAGAGUCUUUAGAAAUAAGUCGUGCGAAAAAUCAAAAUGUUUUUUGCGGUUUUGUGUCAUGUUCGUGAUUUCCAGUAUACCCUUCCCUAUACCGAAGACUCACAGUGAACAUCCUAUAGGAGAUAGGACGGGCAGAAGUGGUUGCGACGCAUUGUUAGAGGAAAUUGCAUCGAACGAAAAGGCAAUUGAGUGA